AACUCAUUCCUCUGGUCUCUCAGCAUUCUCAUUUCUUCCGCAUCAAUACUCUGUUUUUGGUUGGUGAAUCUCUCUCUCACGCUCUUUGCACUUUGCCACCUUCGUUGUUGGAUGAAGAGAGAGAGAACGAGCGAGCAUUUACGUUCAAAGACCCAGAGUAUUCGACUAGAAAGAUAAGAUACAGAUACCGGAUUUCCUUUCCUUUUCAUCCUCAACCCAUUUCAUUGACGUGGUUUUUUUGAGUACCACAGCAUAACAAAGAUAUAGGUGUCGACUAAAACAAGGUAAGAAAACGGAAAAUGAAGUACGUGUUGGUGACGGGUGGAGUAGUUAGCGGUCUCGGGAAGGGGGUCACCGCCAGUAGCAUUGGUCUGCUUCUCAAGGCCUGUGGACUGCGCGUUACUUCCAUCAAAAUUGAUCCUUACUUGAACACCGAUGCUGGAACAAUGUCCCCUUUUGAGCACGGGGAAGUUUUCGUGUUAGACGAUGGCGGUGAGGUGGACCUGGACCUUGGAAAUUAUGAGCGGUUCCUCGAUAUCAAGCUGACUCGUGAUAAUAAUAUCACUACUGGAAAGAUUUACCAGUCCGUUAUUGAUAAGGAGAGAAGGGGAGAUUAUCUGGGGAAAACUGUGCAGGUUGUCCCUCACAUCACAGAUGCCAUUCAAGAGUGGAUUGAGCGUGUGUCAAUGAUACCAGUCGAUGGGAAGGCAGGUCCAGCUGAUGUUUGUGUCAUAGAAUUGGGUGGAACUAUAGGAGAUAUUGAAUCCAUGCCAUUUAUUGAGGCUUUGGGGCAAUUCUCUUACCGUGUAGGGACUGGAAACUUUUGUUUGAUACACGUCAGCCUUGUGCCCAUUUUAAAUGUUGUUGGUGAACAGAAAACAAAACCAACCCAGCACAGUGUUCGGGGACUAAGAGGCCUGGGUUUGACGCCACAUAUCUUAGCUUGUCGCAGUACAACGGCACUUGACCAGCAAGUAAAAGUGAAACUCUCUCAGUUUUGCCAUGUUGCGGAAGAAAACAUCAUCACUCUCUAUGAUGUACCAAACAUCUGGCACAUUCCUUUGCUUUUAAGAGAUCAGAAGGCCCAUGAAGCAAUCUUGAAAGUGCUGAACCUGCUGGGUGAAGCAAAAGAGCCUGCACUCGAGGAAUGGACUUCUAGGGCUGCAAUCUGUGACAAGUUGCAUGAGCCGGUCCAUAUUGCCAUGGUUGGAAAGUAUACAGGCCUUUCCGAUUCCUACCUCUCUGUACUGAAGGCUCUUGUGCAUGCUUCUGUUUUUCAUCGAAAGAAACUCGUUGUAGAUUGGGUUCCUGCUUCCCACCUUGAAGAAGCAACAGCAAAAGAGAAUCCAGAUGCUUAUAAAGCUGCUUGGACGUUGUUGAAGGGUGCGCAUGGUGUUCUUGUUCCCGGAGGUUUUGGUGACAGAGGAGUGCAAGGGAAAAUUCUUGCUGCAAAAUAUGCUCGAGAAAAAAGAGUUCCGUUUCUUGGCAUUUGUCUAGGAAUGCAAAUUGCUGUCAUUGAGUUUGCACGAUCUGUUCUUGGUCUGAAAGACGCUAACAGCACUGAAUUUGAUCCAGAUACCAGGAAUCCCUGUGUUAUAUUUAUGCCUGAGGGCUCAAAAACACAUAUGGGGGGCACCAUGCGUCUUGGAUUAAGGAGGACAUAUUUCCAGGUUAUGGACUGCAAAUCUGCAAGACUAUAUGGAAGUAGAAGCUUCAUUGAUGAAAGACAUCGGCAUAGAUACGAGGUCAAUCCUGAUAUGGUAGAACGCCUUGAAAAAGCUGGCCUCUCUUUUGCCGGCAAAGAUGAAACUGGUCAACGCAUGGAGAUUAUCGAGCUACCUAGUCAUCCAUACUUCAUUGGGGUGCAAUUUCAUCCUGAAUUCAAAUCAAGGCCAGAAAAUCCUUCUCCUUUAUUUUUAGCUGGUUUUGUGGAAUUUGCCAGGCAAUCAGAAAAUUCUAUCUCUUAAGGGAGCACUCUUAUAUCAGCACCCGAUAUAUGGGACCAGUUCGAAGAAGGAUUUGCUCCACUCUAUACAGCUUUAUACUGAAGGAUUGCAUUGUUAACAACCUGAGUUUAGUAUUUUAUUGUGGGAGUUAGUCUACUUGAAGUAUAUACUGCUUGUUUCGACUUCUCCCCCCAUAUACAAAUGAGAUCCUCAAUAAUACAAUACAAAAUAAAUUAAUAUUUGGAACUGCAAUUUGUAAUUGGUAAUAUCACUAUAGCUCGAAUUUGAAACUACUUAUCAUUUCACUAUGGCCAACCUUAUGCCUAACCAGCCUGCUUUAAGGUAUUAUUGGAUGAGCAUGUUUUGGAUCAACGGGUAUAGAAUUUGUGAACCCAAUUUACAGCUAUUCUGACAAAUAGAACAUCCUCUUCAGUUGUGAAAGAUAUUUGUCAUUUAUGUCAAGUCUGAUGAUUCCUUGUGCCAUCUUUUACGUUUGAUAUAGACGUCAAAUAUGCUAGUGAGGAUAUUAAAAUUUAUAGAUAAAAAUAUGUUAAUUUAUGUAGUGACUAUUAAAAAAACUGAAAAAGUAUAAACUGAAUGCUUUUCAUGAUAAAUGUUCUUUUAGGUUUGUGCCUGAAAUAUUAUUUACUAUCUAAAUAUAAAUACAGCUAAGAACACAUUCUUCACUAAUUUCAGCGAAAUAUAGAUGAUCUUUGUGUUAAGAGCAGGCUUUUGAUAUCAAUUUGAACAUAAAAAUAAUUUCAUCAUUCUUUAUGAGAACAAGGGAGAUUCAUCAAUAUUAAUGUUAUGCGGAUUGUCAUUGCUUUUCUCUUUUAACACUGCUUUGGCUUAUGAUCAUGUAUUCAUUUACUAAUUAAGGAGGGCUGCAAUUUCUUUUUUCUGCUAAAGAAGUCCUCCGGCUGUUGGUUUUUAAUUCGGAUCAAAGUUUUGUGACCUGGAGGGUUCAAGUUUGUGUAAUAGGAAUGGAAGGAGGUUUUGGGGUUUGUCGGAGGGUUCCCUGCUGCUUGAUAUUAAUUUCCAUUUAAUUAUUUAAUUACAUUACUUAAUGAUGAACCUAACCGAAUUUUUGAUAUGCUAAUACAUAUUCCCCUUUUUGCACCAAAAGUCUGAAAAGGUAACUUUCAAAUCUCAUCGUUCUCCUGUCAUAUAUAGGACUUAUAGCAGCAUCAGCAGCAUGUGGGGAAUCGGAUGUUGUCCUACAAGGAUAUGGGAGCCAAAGGAUUGUCCCAAAUGGA